AUGAAGGAAUCGGGCAUGGAAACUAUGAGAAGUUCCAGAAGUGGAAAUAGUUAUGCCAAUGAACAAGUCAUAGGAGAUGAGCCCUCAAGGCUUGAGGUUUGGGGAUGGUAUCUCUAUGAGUUCUGCUCUUACUUUGUUCAAACUGUUCUCAUCCCUGUGGUUUUUCCUCUCAUCAUUAGCCAGUUACAGCAUCUCCCACUGGACUCUCUUCAGGACUGGUUCAAGAACCACCAAGGCAUGGUCUGUGCAGAAAAAGAAAUUAACCUGUACAACACAGUAACAGAGCGCAGCAUAACAGUGAGUGGUUCAUCCUUCUCCUCUUUGGAGUGGACAUCAAUUGCAUGGGGUGGAGGUCUAGCCCUAGCUGCUCCAAUUUUGGCCUUCAUUUCUGUCCACAUCAAUGGACCCUCCCAAACACUCAUCACAGCUGCAGCCACAGGCGUUGGAGCCUUAUUUUGCCUUCCUGUAGGUCUUUUCAAAACCACCAAGAUCUUCAUUCCCUACAUCGUAAUCAUUGUAGCUGCCAUCACAGUCUCAACUGCAACACACACUCACCACUUAGCCCUCAUGGCUCCUACAUUUUCAAGACCACCCCUAAAGAGACUAACCCUAUUUUCCACAAAACAAGGACUUUCUAGUUGGCUCUCUCUCUAUGCCACUGUUGCUGGUUGCUUGGGUGCAUGUAUUGUCUCGUCCUUCACUUACCACAUGCUUAGGGAGCCCAGUGAACAUGAGUUUAUCAGCCUGUGGAUUGUGUCAAUAUUUUCUGGCUUGUUAUGGCUAGUGGGGGUGUUGCAUGUCUUCACAGCUAUGAACAGAACCAGUUCUGUGCCCAACAUUUUGCCUUCAAGGCUUCAACUUUUUACUGUGUUCACUUACCCACAUGCAAUUGGAGGCUUGGUUUCUGUUCUCUUCUCAUCGUUUACCACAAUGAGCUUAUUCACUGGUGGGGUGUUGUUCACAGUGGGUCAUCUCUGCAUUAAGCCAGUGCACUUGCUUUAUUUCUGGCUAACCUAUUUCCUUUUCCCUCUGGUUUCCCUGCCAUUGCUACUCCAACCACUACAGUACCUAAUCAAGGCCAAUGCUGCGAAAAUGAAGAUCAUGGGCUUCCUAUUGUCACUUAUAACUUCUGGUUUCGGGUUCUACUUCUGGGAGAGUCAUUGGAAAUGGGGGCACUUGCUUAUGUUUGGGGCCAUUCAGGGCACAGCAAGUGGGUUGUUGUACACUUUUGGAAGGGUGUUGGUGUUGGAUAGUUCUCCAUGCGGUGAAGAGUGUGGUUUCUCUGUUUGGUAUAGUUGGGUGAGAAGUGUUGGCUUGUGUGGGGGUUUCAUAGUGGGUUCAGUGGUGCCAGAGAAUGUGAGAAUUUCUUUUGGGGUUGCGUUUUGCAGUGCCCUUGUUGGAAUUGUUGUUCUGCUUUUUGGAAAUGUGAGUGACUUCAAUGUUGUCAGAGAGGGAGGUGAGAUCUCCUUGGAUUCCAAGGAAUCUAUCAACGUCUGA